GAAAGUGCUGCGUCCUGCCAAACACGCUGUACAUAAUACAAUAUUGUAGUAACAUCUAGCCAGCGAUUUAGUCAUCAUGGGCAUUUCAUCAAAAGACAAAAAGGCAAAGAAGGCUGGACCCAAGGGAAAGAAGGCCCGGCGUCAGGCCAAGCUCGAGAACCGAUGGGGUGAAACGGCCCAGGUGGACGCGAACACGGGAGAAGAAAUUCGAAAGAAAACCCGAAGGGGAUACGACACGGAUGGCAAGCUGAAGUCGGCUCUCAAGGGAAACAUCAAUAAAAAUCUGGCCAAACACAGCAAUGAAGGAAGGGAAGGAUUUUACAGCCGUGUGCGAGAUGCGUGCACGGAGAAAGAAUUGCAGAAAAUGUUGCGCGAGCAAUCUUCCAGGAGACGUCGAAAACGAGUCGAAUACGUCGACGAGUCAGAGGAUUCGAUGGAUAGCAGUGACGAUGACGACGGGCAAGGCGAUGACUACGACUCUGACGUCGGCAACGAAAAUCCGAUGGGCGAUCUCUUGGGCAUGAUCCGAAAGAAAUCGACAACUAAUCGCGUCGAAGACAAUAUUGAGAAAGAAGAGGAAGAAAGCAACAGCGACAGCAGUGAUAGCUACGAUGACAGUGGUAGCGACGAAGAUGAUGAUGAAGAAAUGGUAGAUGACGAUGAGACUUCAAUUGCAGAGGAUCCCGUCAAUGUUGUCGAAACUUCUUCGGACAAUUGCGUCGAUUUUUUCAAAUGCCGAUUUGGUCGUUCGCCACUAAACCAAGUCGAAAUGACCAAGCUUGAAGAACCCCGAACGAAACCCAUAAUGAGAAAGAUUCCGUGUGGCAAAUACGCCGACCUUCAAUUCACGCUUCCCCAGGUUUGUGACUCCGCAAGCGAUAGCAACAAUGACGACUGCGAGAACGACAGCAAAAAUGGAGGGAACAAAAACAAUAUGUGUGACGAUCUCUUAGAGCUAAAAACACCCGAGGCGUGGCAAGCCAGCGCCAAGGACACCUAUUCCAAUACCACGCGCGAAGUACUGCAACGGCACUGGACCGCAAGCAACAAGAACUCGAAGAAAGCAAGUUGCAACAACAUCCUUUCUGAUGCCCAAGCUCCGGUCUAUUCUUUCUUGGCACGCUAUGCCGACGUCUUGGAUGCCACAGCUGCGACCGGGAAAGGCAACAACAAAAGUGGGACCGAUCGCCGGAACCAAAGGGACCAGCAUCGACUUCAAACUUUGCACGUAUUGAAUCACGUUUUGACUUCCAGGUCGAGAAUCGGACGAAACAAUCGGCAUCUGAAGGAAGUGGAGAAAAGACGAGAAGAAGCGAAGGACGCCGAGGAAGAAAAGAAACAAGAGACUGUUCCUUCGAAAAUGUCCGCCGAUCCAAUGGACACAACGAUGGAAGAACGUGAUGUUCGUGACCAGGGAUUCACCCGUCCAUCCGUUUUGGUAUUGCUGCCCACGAGGGGUACCUGUUACCAAUUCGUUAAGGACCUCUACAAGCUCUCGGGAGCCAAAAUGCUAGAGGAGCAGGAGGAUCGCUUCGAUGCCGACUAUGGAGAGCUCAUCGAGGAAGACGACAACGAUGGAACGCAACUGAAACACGAGAUAGCCCAAAAAGUAGCAGAAAAAGAACGUCGCCGAAAGGCAGUGUUAGAAAGCAAAGGGAAAGAGUGGAAUAAAUUCUUCGGAGAUCAGGCCAACCAAGACGACGAUUUCAAGAUUGGAAUCUCGCUGAUACCAAAGUCUGCCACCGCCAAAUCAAGUAGUAAUGUUUCGAUCAAGCUAUACAGCGAUUUUUUCAAGAGCGAUAUUAUUGUAGCGUCUCCACUUGGAUUGAAAAUGCUCAUCACCCCCGAAGUCGGUGGAAACGACGACGACGAAGAUGACGACGAGGAAGAGAACACAGGCACGAAAAAGGGAAACUGCGAUUAUCUCUCAAGCAUCGAGAUUUGUCUGCUCCAGCACUCCGAGAUGAUUCUGAUGCAAAACUGGGACCAUGUCAACGACAUUCUCAGCAUGCUCAACCAUGAACCCAAGAACAAUAACAAUACUGACUUUUCCCGCGUGCGAAAUUACCUGCUGGAGGGUCAGGGUGCAAGGUGGCGACAGCUGAUUCUGUCGUCCAAGUACUGGGAUCCGAACCUUCUCUCGACAUUCAAGCGCUUUGGUAAGAGUUUGUCAGGUCAGGUCAAGGUUCGCAGGAAGAUCCGAGAUGGAGAUGCCUCUAUUUCCAGUGUUUUGGUUCCUAUCAAGCAGGUUUUUCAAAAGAUCCCCACUGGCAACUUCGCCCAACAGAGCAAGGCCAGGGUCGAUUAUUUCGUCAAGAAUCUACUCCCCCAGCUUGAGCGAAACGACCAAAAACACACGCUGGUGUUCAUACCGUCAUAUUUUGACUUUUGUUCCCUACGAAAUGCCUUUCUGAAGCUAGAAAAGAAGCACAUCUUUGUGAGUGUUACCGAAUAUAGCCGGGGGACCGAAAUCGGCCGCGGCAGGGCCAGGUUUUUGCAGGGCCGGAAACCCAUCAUGCUCUACACAGGUCGUGCCCACUAUUUUCACCGCCACGCAAUCAAGGGGAUCCGAAACAUUGUCUUUUUGGGGCUCCCGGAGCAUCCAGAAUUCUACUCCGACUAUGUCAACCUAAUCCAGACCGCUGCAUCGGGCCGCAGCGAUGAGAUGGACCUGGGAGACGACAUUGCAAACGACAACGAGACGUCCUGCCUUACACUCUUUACGAAGUACGAGGCUCAUGCCCUCGAACGCGUGGUGGGGAGUGCCAAUGCCAUCCGCAUACUCGGUAGCGAAAACUCUGUUUUCAUGUUCUCCUCGUAGUGCAGCAGUGGAAGAUCAAAAAUAGAUAACAGGGUUAUAAACUACAAGUAUGGUC